AAAAAAAAAUGUUCAGAAAUGGCACCUCGUAAGGGCAAGGAGAAGAAGGAAGAACAGGUCAUCAGCUUGGGACCUCAGGUUGCUGAAGGAGAAAACGUGUUUGGCGUCUGUCACAUCUUUGCUUCCUUCAAUGACACUUUUGUCCACGUGACUGAUCUCUCUGGCAAGGAAACCAUCUGCCGUGUGACUGGUGGCAUGAAGGUGAAGGCGGACAGAGAUGAGUCUUCUCCCUACGCGGCUAUGCUGGCAGCCCAGGAUGUCGCCCAGAGGUGCAAGGAGCUGGGCAUCACUGCCCUGCACAUCAAGCUGCGUGCCACCGGUGGCAACAGGACCAAGACUCCUGGACCUGGUGCCCAGUCAGCCCUGAGAGCUCUGGCCCGAUCUGGAAUGAAGAUUGGCCGCAUUGAGGAUGUCACUCCCAUCCCCUCUGACAGCACUCGCAGAAAGGGUGGUCGCCGUGGACGUCGUCUGUAAACAAUGCUGCACCUUUCGUUAUUAAAGCUCUCUUUUAAACCUC